AUGUUAGGGUUGAUAGAGACGAAAAAGGAGUUGGUGACUAAGUUUGAUGUUAUGCGUAUUUGGGGUAGAGAUGGAGCUAGUUGGGAGUUUGUAAGUUCAGUUGGGGCUUCAGGAGGCUUAUGGCUAAUAUGGAAUGAAUCAAUAUUCAAAUUGACAAAUUGUUAUAAAGGAGAUAGAUGGCUGUGUGUAGAAGGGGUUGUGAUGAAAGAUAAUUUUCACUGUGCUAUUUGUCUGGUAUAUGGACCACGUGUGAGAUCAGAGAAGAUAGUAGUGUGGAAAGAGUUGAGCUAUAUUGCAGGGUUGUGUCAGGUGCCGUUCUAUUUUUUGGGUGAUUUCAAUGAAAUUAUGCAUUUGGAAGAAAGGAAAGAAUCGACUACCCUAUCAGCGUCUGCGGAGGACUUUAGAGCUUGGGUAAAUGAUAUGGAGCUGGUUGGCUUGCCGCUGAAUGAUCGGAGGUAUACAUGGUUUAGGGGGAGCUCGUGCAGUCGAAUAGACAAGAGCCUUAUUACCUUGGGGUGGUUAGAGAUGUAUCUGGGGACACGACUAAGGGGAGGUCCAAGAGGAUUAUCAGAUCACUGCACGUUGAUUAUGGAAGAGAACAGAACGUUUGAUGGCCCAAGACCUUUUCGGAGCCUGGACUCGUGGUUCACGCAUGAAGGCUUUCUAAGGAUAGUGAAGGACGAGUGGAGGGAGUUAGGAGAUAUACAAUUCCUAGACAAGAUGAAAGCGCUGUCAGUUCCAGUUCGGAGAUGGCACAAGCAGCACUUUGGGAAUAUAUCUGAGAGGAAAAGGAAGUUUUAA